AUGCUUCGACGCUUGCCAAGUCAGUUUGAGAUUAGAGGGUUAAGACUAGGUGACUCAUUACAAUUCGUUGUAGUAUUCGUUCUGUUUUUGGCAGUGUUUGGACUUUUUAUCGGAAACAAAUACAAUGGUAGCCUACGUAAAAAGUGUCAGUGUGAAAUAAGACGGUUUCCAUUUGAAGAAUUUCCGCCACAUGUUCGCAAACUGAAAACAUAUGCAUUUAAACCUAUAAUAAUUCAGAUGGCCCUUCUGGAGUUUGGUUUUGUUUGGUGGAUUGAUAUUUCAGUGAAAUUGCUAAGGGUUAAUUUAGACAAUGCAAUAAACUAUGCAAGGAAAAACAGUAUGUUGUUCUUUGUGGAAAGAAAAAAUCCCAAAAAAGUCAGCAUAGCGAAACAAACGGACAUUCGAACUUUUAAUUAUUUAGCAGAAGAUGUAUGUAAAUACAGACCAUUCGGAGAAGUUUGGGCAACAACAGUUUUGUUUUAUUAUGACCAUGUUACCAAAGUUGUUGUGAAUGCAUGGGCGUCGUGCGCUUUGAAUGAGGCAUGUAUUGCACCGGUUGGGGAGGAUAAACUGAAAUGUGAUUUCCUUGAUCUAAGCGACGGGAGAUGUCAUCGAUUUGACCAAUCAGUACUAGGGAUCAUUGUGCGACGCUUAUAUCAUGAGCAAAAUGAAUAUCCGCUAGACAAAGAACUGAAUAGUAUUUAUUAUAUUGGAAGGCGAGAAUUUGUAAACUAUUUUGAACAUUGUAGUUUUGAAUUUAUGUGUUACUAAUAAUGAAAUCUAAGACUGUAUAUAUAUAUAUUUUGCAGAAUUUUAUCGGUGAUUUAUAUAAAGUUAGCAUGUCUAUGGGAUGACGUCAUUCUGCCGGUAUAAAUAAAAAUUUGCAAACUUAUUCCGGAGGCUGUUUAAUGCAAAUUUAUAAAAACAGCCUGAAAUAAAGAACGAUGUGGUAAUUUCUUUUUGCAAUAUAAUUUAUAGCGAGCUGAAAGAGCAUGCCUUAAGUAUAAGGGCCUAAUCGCAAAGCGAGCAUUAUGGUAACGCAAGUUUCUUGAAGUGAUGGAUUUGAAGUUUGUUGCGGAAGUACAGCAAAAUUAUGGGUAAUAAGAUUGCCUCUUCUUCAUCGGAGGUAAUUUUGGUUCCCUGUUCUAUUAUAUUUUGACUACGCCAUGAAUCAGUACCAACAUGUUACCUGCACUAUUUUUACCAAAGCACGUCGGGAAACAGUUUUUCUGGUUUCAUAAUGUACGUCUUGUGCAAAAUGACAAUCUAUUGUGUAGAAGUAAAUAUUCAAUACAUGCUUAAUAUAAGUUUAUGUUUUUAUGACAUAUGCA